UUGCUCGAUCAUUUUCGCCCACCGACUCUUACUACCCGCCCGAUUGUCAGUCGCUUCCCUCUUUGCCACCGAACCUCCAUGUUCCGUCGGUGGUUCAAAUCGGAAAUUGACUUGUGGGCUCCGCAAUUCUUGUUGUUUACCUUUUUAGAACUGAACUGAUGCUCUGAUCUAAAUGGUUGCGCAGAUUUCUCGUGAGGGAAAAUCGGUUCUUAUUGGACCAUCGGAUUGGGAAGACCAUUUGUCAGGAAAGGAUGGAGUGCAGAGAUACCGAAUUCACAAUCUUCCUGCAAAUUGUUCUUGCCCUGGUCUCUAUGAGUUGGGUGUUGCCACAACUAUCCCUGAUGAAGGUCGCUGGACUCGUAAACAUGAUCUGGAUGACAUUGUUGUAGUGUAUCUUGGGCAAGCUGAUAAUCUUAGAACAAGGCUCCAGCACUAUGGCCGCACAGGAUCUCAUUUGGACUAUGGAAAUUCACUUACUUGUUCUAGUAAAAAUGGAAGUCCGUGCUUUACAGCAGGACCUGGGUUAUUCAGGGAGAUUUUUUCAAAGGGUUACUCCCUUGUUUUUAGGUGGGUGCAGAUGACUAACAAAGUAGUAGCCGAGAGGGCAGAGGCCAAGCUCCUUGAAGUUUUUGAUUAUGCAUGGAAUAAGCUCCAAAAUGGUGCUUAUCGUCGUGAGGAAAUUCUAGCGAAGUUAGAUAAUGCUGCUAGCAGAAGAAGCCCAUCUUCUAUCAGCAAGUUACAGCAAUUUAAGCACAUAAUGUUUGACAAGAAAGUAGGGAUUGGAAUCAAUGAAAAUGGAUCAGUUGACACUCCAGAAUCAUUUAUGGGCUAUAGAAACCUUCUCCCUCAAGUACUCAAGUUUGGAAACCACAGACCUCAGUCAGUUAGAGUUAGUGAUAACUUCACGAAAGAUGAUAAUAUUUGUGGAAUGCCCGUUAGCGGCGGAGCUGUUUGUAGAAAUAGGCCAGUCCAGGGAAGGAAAAGGUGUGACGAGCACAAAGGUAAGAGGAUUCCUCUUUUAAUUCCUGUAAUUGAAAAAGAAGGCACUCCACAAGAAACUUCAUCUACAUGCGGUUUUAUUCUAGAAGAUGGUACUUCUUGUAUGGAGAUUCCAGUUCGAGGGAGAAAGAGAUGCGAGUUACAUAGAGGCAGAAGGAUAGUCAGUCCUAAAAUCAGAGAUUUUUCUGAUAGGAGCCCAUUCAAUCAUUUGGAGCCACCACUUUCAGGACACGGAAAAGACUGGAAGAUAGGAGCACGUAAACAUUACGAUGAGCAUGUUAUCUGUGGAAUCGCUAUUGAUGAUAAUCUUGUUUGUACAAACAAACCAGUUCAAGGAAGAAAAAGGUGUGAGCUGCAUAAAGGCCGGAGGAUUACGUAGAUGAAAUCAUUGACAAGAAAAUAAGGUUAUGUUGCAACAAGUAUACAUAUACAAUAACCACAAUGGAGGAGAUAAAUAUGUGGAGAAACAUGUAUUGAUUGGUGUGCUUGUAUAAACAUGUAUUGAUUGGUGUGCUUGUAUAAACAUGUAUUGAUUGGUGUGCUUGUAUAAACAUGUAUUGCUUGGUGUGCUUGUAUAAACUGGCCUGUUUCAUGUUUAAAAAGUGCUAGUUGCAUGAGUGGCA